CCCGAGGGAGAUCUGCGUUUCUCUUUUCUUUCUGUUCCAGGUGCAGUGGGCUCCCAGCUGAGGACGGAGCUCCUGCAUGCUGACCUGCCCUGGACCCCGGACGCCGUGUGCGUGUGCGCCCCCAGCAACGACCUUGUGUCCCGGACUGUGGACAAGGCGGCCCUCGACUUCUGUGCUCUCCUGACGACGGCCUGCAGCUCCUGCCCCAAGGUGUUCGUGCUGGACUUCCCUCCACGCCUGAACAUCGAGCCGGGCCUUCAGGAGCUGCUACGUCAGGAAUACCACCGUGUCGCAGCACGCAUGGGUGUCCCGUACGUGCCUGUGGCAGAGCACUUCCCCCUGCAUCGGUUGCAGCUGUGGUGCCCCGACUCGGUUCACCUCAGCGACUCCGAUGGCAUGACGGUUCUGGUUCAGCUGCUGUGGGACGCCGCUUCCCAGCAGCUGGCGCCUCCUCCGCCCCGGCCACCGGCGCCUCCCCGGGCGCCACCGCGUGCCGGGGCCGCUCCCAGGCUGGUGGUGACUGGACACGCCCCCGUGCCCCGUCACUGCGACCCCUGGGAGUGGAGCGUGGUUGGACAGGGAGGCAAGGCUGCACUCCCGGUGCGACCCUCUGCCAUCCCAUCCAACCCGGUGUGGUUCAGCGGGGCCAUGUUGGACGCCAUGGAGAAGGUGUCCCCUUCUUCUGGCUCUGACGGCGGCCCCGCUGUCCCGCCAGCUGGCCGGACCUCCCGUGUGGUGCGUCGGCCAGCAGGUGUUGCCAGGAGGCGCAGAGGAGCAAAGCGGCAGGUGCUGGCAACACCGUCACCUGCCCCUGAGCCCAUCCCUGCCUCCCGCCCCAGCCCACCAGUCCCCCCGGCGGAGGCAGCAACCCAGGAGGUGGUGGAGGAGGUGUUGCCCCCGACCGCAGGCCCGGUUCCAGCGGCGGUCGGGGAGGAGGGUCCUGCUGCGUGCCCUGCCCUGCCGGCGGAGCGACGCCUCUUCCCCGCAGCUAAGUGUCCCGUUCCCGAGCGUUCCCGGUCAGGCCAGUCAGGUGUUGGUGUGAGCGCAGCGAGGCCAGCAGCAGUGGUUGACGUCGGGACGGGGAUCAGGCUCCAGAAGGUUGUGCAGGGAUCCUUCCACCAGGGCAGCCAGAGGUUUAGCAACGCAGGGAAGCAGUGCAUGUCUGUAGCUGCAUUCAGCUUAGCCAGACACACGUUGAACAGUGUGUUCUUGUGGGGGAGGCAGGACCUUGACGAUGUCUUGGUUUGUGGUGAUGCACUGUACACCACGGCGAUGAGCCGCGAUGGCUUCCAGCCGAGCUCAGAGUUCCUGUGCGUGACUGAACUGCCAAAGCAGAUCCAGGUGGAUGAGCAGGUGCUGGAGUUUACUCCUGGCUCCACUGUGAUGGGUGACCUGCAUGUGUCUGAAGGUCAGCUCAUCGAUGCCGGUGUGUUCUACACACUGAGGAACGGCCUGCACACCAUCUUCAGUCAGUACAGCAUGUGUAUGCUGACGUUAGGCAGCAACACGACCGCCGUCAUCAGUGAGAAUGGACGGUUUGCUGUGGUGGACAGCCAUUCACGUAGUCGUGUUGGCUUGUUGCACCACAGCGGCAGCAGCGUGCUUCUGCAGUUUGCGUGUCUGGACGACCUGCACCACUACAUCCGACGGUUGGCCGACAGCCUGAUUUCAGGCCAGCAGCUCUUUGAGCUGUGUGGCAUUACUGUGGGUGGGGGUGCAGGUCCAGCGCCGUCUGGUGUUCCUCUGGAGAGUCACGUCUCUGAGACGAGUUCUGCUCCAGCACCAGAGUCCCCUGAGGACACUGAGAGCAGAACACCGGCUGAGGCUCAUACAGGCUCUUGUGUGUCUGAGAGUGGUGUUGGUGUUGCUGCCAGUCCGGCGCUGUCUCGUAUUUCUGCAGAGAGUCGUGUGUGUGAGAAGAGUGUUGUCGUGCCGGUGGAGAGAUCACAGAUUGUCGGAGCCAAGUCUGCUGUGUUUCCGAGGUCAGAGCCCGUUAAGUCAAGUGUUUUGAGUGUAGCUGGUCCAGCAGCAGUGGUUGAUGUGAGGACAGGGAUCAGGCUGCUGAAGGUUGUCCAGGGAUCCUUCCAUCAGGGCAGCUCCAGGUUUAGCAAUGGGGGGGUGCAGUGCAUGGCGAUAGCUGCUUUCAGCUUAGCCAGACACACGUUGAACAGUGUGUUCUCGUGGGGGAGGCAGGAGCUUGAUGACGUGUUGGUCUUGGGUGAUGCUUUCUUCACCUGGGUGAUGGGCCGCCCUGGCUUCAGGCCUUGGUCGUCUUUUCUGUCCGUGACUGAACUGCCAACGCAGAUCCAGGUGGAUGAGCAGGUGCUGGAGUUCACUCAUGGCACCACUGUGAUGGGUGACCUUCAUGUGUCUGAAGGUCACCUCAUCGAUGCCGGUGUCUUCUACACGCUGAGGAACGGCCUGCUCACCAUCUUCAGUCAGUACAGCAUGUGUCUCCUGACCAUGUGUGCCAACACGACCGCCAUCAUCAGUGAGAAUGGACGGUUUGCUGUGGUGGACAGCCAUCCACGUAGUCGUGUUGGCUUGUUGCACCACAGCGGCAGCAGCGUGCUUCUGCAGUUUGCGUGUCUGGACGACCUGCACCACUACAUCCGUCGGUUGGCCGACAGCCUCAGUUCAGGCCAGCAGCUGUUUGAGCUGUGUGGCAUUACUGUGGGUGGGGUCCAGCACUGUCUGGAGUUUCUCUUCAGACUCUUGCCAGUGAGGUGA